AUGAAGGUCUUCUCAGCCUCUCUCUGCUUUGGACUCCUGGCUUUGUUGUCUGUAAUGAACCUUUUAAAAUCUGUGCGUGGACGGCCACAUCUGAGCUCAGGACAUGAGUUGUUUUCAGCUAAGGAACAUACAACUCACGAAAAGUUGACCCGAAAUCCUGGUUUCCAGAGGCCCUCCCAUGCUGGUGUAGAUCAGCCCAGCAAACUGGAAGAACUUAGACAGCUAAAGAAGCUGAGAGAAUGGUUUAUGAAAGCAAAGAAUGCUGAGAUGUCCAAUGCUUUUGACAAUCUAUCCUCUUCCCAUCAUAAUAAAAGAGCUUGCUUUUGGAAAUACUGUGUCUGA